AUGGCUCCUCUUCCAAGCCUUGUUAACAACAACACGCUCUCGCCUCGGAAAUAUGAGGUUGACAUGGAGAAAGAAAUGUUCAUCUCCACACUGAUUCUGGGGUUCAUCGCGGCCUCCUGUGCCAUAUUUUUGGGAAUCACACUCUACCUCAAGCUAAAGCCCAAGUAUGAGGAAGAAUGGAAACCCAAGCUUAAGCCUAAGCUUCGAGACUGCAAGGAGAAGUAUGAGGACUGGAAGGAGAAGAUAGGGACCUGGCAUGGUCCCAAAGGACUAAAGGCGCCAGCGCCUGCUCACGUGGCUCGUAGUCGUGCUUCUGAGGCUCCGGAUGUCAACCAGAUCACCUGUGAUCUGACUCCGGACUACCUGAAGAUGUCGACGGCCAUCAUCGUUUAG